GCAUGCCCCAGCCAUAAACACGUGGCUUGUGUCGGAGCGAGCAAUGGCGGCAGCGGGCGGCGUGUCCGGGCUGCUCCCCCCUCCCUGCGCCUUCUCCCCCCGGGGCCGGGACCUGCUGGCUCUGGCCGGAGCGGACGGGAGGAUCCAGGUGUGGGACACUCAGAGCGGGGCCCUGCGGAGGGAAUAUGUGCCGUCUGCCCAUCUCAGCGCUACCUGUACCUGCCUGGCGUGGGCUCAGGGCCGGCCCGACAAGGAAACUCAUCAGAAGAAGAAAAGGAAAUCCGAGGCGGCCGACAGGGAUGGGAACUACGACCUUCUCACCAUCGGCACCGCCACGGGCACCAUUUUAUUGUACAGCAUCGCUAAGGGAGAGCUACAGAGCCAGCUGGUUGGCGGCCAUGACAGCAGGGUGAACUGUGUGCGGUGGCACCACGAGAGCGCUUCCCUGUACAGCUGCUCAGAAGACAAACACAUCAUCGAGUGGAACACACAGACCUGCAAAGUCAAGUGCAAAUGGAAAGGGGACAGCAGCAGUGUGAGCAGUUUGUGCAUCAGCCCCGAUGGGAAGAUGUUGCUGUCGGCGGGACGGACCAUCAAACUCUGGGAUCUGGAGACCAAAGAAGUCUACAGGCAAUUCACAGGGCACUCGACAGCAGUCACGUCGCUCCUGUUCCUGACGGUCCAGCCUCCCCGCGAGCCAGUCCCAGACACAACGGGUCUCUAUUUCCUGUCGGGCGCCGUGCACGACCGGUUAAUCAGCGUAUGGCAGGUUCGGUCUGAAAAGAAGGACAAAAGUUCUGUCCUGUCAUUCACUCUCACAGAACCCCCCGUAUUCAUGGACCUGAGUGCGCCUGAGAGCAAAGAGGAGCCCCUGAAGCUGGCGGUUGUGUCCCGGGACGGGCACUUGCACUUAUUCGAACAUGUGUUAAACGGGACCCACAAGAAGCCGAUUGCGCCUACUUGUACCGUGCAGAUCGCGACGUCGGGCAGCGAGAGCGCCACCCCCAAACCUGUCCCUAUUCUGGCGGCCUCUUUCUGCGCAGACAGACAGUCCCUGCUCCUGUUCUACGGUAGCACCCUGCAGCCCAUCAUUGAGAAAGUGGCACUGAAGACCGAUGAGCCCAACAUUUGCCUUAUUCGCGACAUCCAAAAGACCGUGGCGCUCAGAAAAGACGCGCCUGUAACUAAGGUGAAAACUCCAGUUGUAAAUUCAGACUCCAAAGUUCUAACGCCGGGGAUCCCAGGUCACAGCUCGGCAAUUUCAGCCGCCAUGGCACAAACCAAAAAGCAGGAGAGCAAGAGGAAGCCCGGAGACAUUGAGGCCAGCAUAGAGGAUCGGCUCGGCGCUAUGGAUAUAGACACCGGCAAGGCGCCGGGUAAGGGGGCUCUGCCGCAGACUGACAACUUUGCCGUGUUGCUGGUACAAGGGCUGGAAAGUAACGACAGCAACAUCCUGAAUAAAGUCUUCCAGACAAAGAGCGAUUCCAUAAUAAGGAAGACGGUGGCCCGGAUUCCGGUUUAUGCCGUCAUCCCCCUGGUGCACGAGCUUACGAAGAGGUUACAAGGACAUCCCUUGAGUGCCGUACAGAUGGUUCGGUGGCUGAAGGCUGUACUGGUCCUACACGCGUCCUACCUUUCUACAUUGCCCGACCUGGUGCCCCAGCUGGGGAUGUUGUACCAACUCAUGGAGAACAGAGUGAAGAACCUCCACAAACUCUCUCGUCUCAACGGGAAGCUCUACCUGCUCAUAACACAGGUAACGGCGGCUGAAAGGGUCCAAAGGACAGAACUGGAUCAGGAGGCAAAACUUGUUUAUGAAGAAGAAUCUUCGGAAGAGUCCGAUGAGGAGCGGCAGGGCGAGCAGGAGUCUGAGGAUUGGUCAGAAGGAGAAGAGGAGGACAUGGAGGAAGAGGAGGGUGAAGGGCAGGAUAAAGAGGCUGAGACUUCCGAAGAGGAGGAAUCUGACGCAGAAGACAUGAGUGUGGGCAAAGUAAAUGGGGAUUCAGAUCCGGACGGUGGCAAUGAAAGUGAAGAGGAAUAGACUCUGCCCCUCAGUGGCCCCCUGGCUGCUCCCCGGGGCCCCUCGGCCUCACCAGUUCACUGUGCAGACUUGAGCCCUAGCGGUCCCUGAGGAUUUCAGCCGACAGAAUGUUCGCCGUGACCUGCCUUUGUCCCAACAUCAGAUCCGCUCUCUGCGCCGGUUCCCCCCCCCCGGCGACCCGGUCGCCUCUCUAUGGACCCUUUUCAUUUGUGUUUGGAAUAAACGAACCACUACCGCCGUAUGGUAAACGUUUUAUUUUUUAAUUGAGUUUUAUUGAGUUUGCGGCCGCAAGACAAAAUACGGCCCCCUCCCCCCCAUAUUCACUUGUGUUACUGACCCCCCCCACGGGACGCGGUCGCCAUGUUGUGAAGUUAAAAAAAAACUUAAGUUUUUGUUCGUCAAUAUAUUUCAUUAAUUCUCCCGCGGUAACGAGACUCCACCUGUUGGCCUGCGCCAUUUACUCGGGGGGGGGGGGAGCUUUCCAUUACACAAAUCCCGCCUUCUGCGCUUAAUUUGAGAUUUGGAGCAAAAAAAAAAAAUCUGAAAAACUUUGAUUUUUGCACAAUGAAUAAGGAAUCACCCCCCGUCAGUCUGUACAUAAGGACGGCCCAGGAUGGCGCCAUAACUCCUCCCCCCCCAUACCGCGGACUUGAUUUUAUAUAUUCUAUGCUUUUUUUUUUUUUUUCAUUUUGCGCAAGAGAUUGUGGGGUCUCCAUUUUGUAUUUGGUAAAAACCAGUUUGAUUUUUCCUUUUUUUCUUUUUAAUUUUCCAGAGAGCGGGACUGCACUGCUUUAUCCACCGGUAUAAUGUACAGUAUAUUUGUCUAUAAACGGAGCUGUUAUUGGCCAAUGCCGUGAUGCCUCCUCUGUAAAGUGAAUAAAUAUAUAUAGUUCUCCUUUA